AGCAGGGAGGGAACCGGACCGCCGCGUCACUGGACCUCCACAGCCCGGACCAGCACCAGAUACCGGACUGACCCGGACUAGCAGCUGUCUCUGUCACUUUGGAGCUCCUCAGGUGUUUUUAAACUGUUUUUUUUGGAUGUUUGUGCGUAUUUUGGAGACAAAGAUUUAACUUUUUUCGUGCGUAAAGCUGCAACGAGUCCAGACGGACACAAAACCUGAUUUAAGUCGACCUUAAAAAGUCCCCAGACUUUAGUUUGGGGCUUCCUGCGGAGGAUGCGGGGCAGGUGAGCUGCUGUCCAGGUGGAGGAGAUGUGACCAUGGCUGACCUGCACCAGCUCCCGCUGCUGCUGCUGCUGCUGCUCGGCUUCAUCCACACGGUUAAUGGAAAGUUUCCUCUCUGCCAGUUCCACUGGGAGAUGCAGAGAGCCAGGAGAGAGUGUAAAACACAGCUGCAGCAACACACAACCCCCAGCACAGGAUGUCACGGCGAGUGGGACAACUUCUCGUGUUGGCAGGGCGCGGCGGUCGGCGAGGUGAUGACCCUGUCCUGCCCCGCCCCGCUGCUGCGCCUGUUUGGAAAACAUGGUAUCCUGAGCAGGAACUGUACGGAGAGCGGCUGGUCGGACGUUUACCCCGUCAUCACCGUCGCCUGCUCCUCCAACAAUGUAGAUGAACCCAGCGAGCUGCUCUUCUACAGGAUGGUGAGGAUUCUGUCCACGCUGGGCCACAGCCUGUCACUCAUCACUCUGCUAACCAGCACCGUCAUCAUCUGUCUGUUCAGGAGGCUCCACUGCACGAGGAACUACAUCCAUCUGAACUUGUUUUUGUCGUUCAUGCUGCGAGCCGUGUUCGUGCUGAUCAAAGACGCUCUGCUCUUCUCAGACGACCAGAUCACAGACUGCAGCACGCAACCCUCACUGGUGGGCUGUAAGGCCAGCCUGGUGUUCUUCAACUACUUCGUCAUGGCCAACUUCUUCUGGCUGCUGGUGGAGGGUCUCUACCUGCACACACUGCUGCUGGUCGUCCACAGCUACUCCACCCGCCUCUCCAUGUACAUGCUCAUCGGCUGGGGAAUCCCUUUUGUUUUCAUGGUGGCGUGGAUCAUUUGUCGGAUAAACCUGGAGGACACGCAGUGUUGGGAGUUUAAUGAGAACCCAGUUCCUGACAGGCUGAUGAACUGGCCCAUCAUGGCAGCUGUCAUUAUAAACUUCAUCCUGUUCAUCAGCAUCAUUCGUAUCCUGGUGCAGAAGCUGCGCUGCACUGAUGUCGGAGGGAACGAGCAGUCGCAGUACAAACGGCUGGCUAAGUCCACCCUCCUGCUGAUUCCUCUGUUUGGAAUAAACUACGUGGUGUUUGUGUAUCUGAUGAAGCCGGCAGACAAGAACAUGAAGCACGUCAAGAUCUUCUUUGACCUCGGCCUCGGAUCCUUCCAGGGUCUAAUUGUGGCUGUCCUCUAUUGUUUUCUCAACAGCGAGGUCCAGUGUGAGCUGAGGAGGACGUGGAGGAGUUUGUCUCUGAAGCGUUACGUGGGGCGGGACUACCGGCUGCACGCCAUGUCCGUCAGCCGCAACGGCACCGAGAACUCGGCUCAGUUUCCCCGGAACACCCGCGCCCAGUCCAUCUUGCAGACCGAGACCACGGUGCUCUGAGCCGCACAGCUCCUAGAAAGACAUUCAGCCGAGGUUCAAAGUCUCACUCAAGGACCUUUUUAUAGACAUAUCGUUUGCUCCUGCAGGGAUCGAACCUGCGACCUGCAGAAGUUUGUGACUCACAGAACGUCUCGUGUAUUCCUCCUGAAGAUUUUUAGCCUCCUAUUAAUAGUCAGGCAGCUUAUCA